AUGCUACGAUACAAAUACGGCACUCGUCUAGUGGAGCUGAAUCAUUCAGAUACUUAUUAUUGUGUUGGAAAAGAAACAGACAACUGUACAAUUCAUUUCUUGAUUCUAAAUUCAGAUCUGACAGAAGAAGACAUGGCUAAAAAGAUUGUCAACUGCGUCGAUACGAAGCUUGUCCAGAAUUCGAAGCAAAUUAAAAAUUUGUUCACAUCAUUGAACAGUACGAUGGGUUACAAUUAUCUUCUAUCUGAAGAAGCUGUUGCCAAGAAUCACGUGAGUUUACUUGAUGUCCAGAAAAGAGGAUGGACCACCAUAAACCAGUUAGCAUACGAUUACAGUAAUGAGCCCUUACCACUGAACAAGUACCUGUGGGAGUUGGUUGUGAUUAAAGCCAGUGACGAAUGGAAAAUAAAAAACGGUUUCAAAAAAGGCCAAGUGAUUCUUUUUACCAGACUACACCACGCUAUCGGCGAUGGUUUAUCAGCAAUGAAUCUACUGUGCAGACUUCUAGGUACCAGCGACACAUUUGACAAUUUUGUUAAAACGAUGUCCAAAAAUAUUAAACCCAAAAAUUGCGUCCUUCAAUUUUUCCAAAAUCUUUACUUCUUUUUCAUUAUACCCGGACUUAUGGUUGUCGAGGGCUACAAAAUUACCAAGAACAAGACUCUAUGGUGUAACAAACCGUGUACUGGAAGAAAUCGAUUUGCUAUAAAAGUUGAAGACGGCGUUAUCGAAAAGGUGUCUGCUAUAAGGAAAGAAAUUAAGGGCUGUACUUUUUCUGAAGUUCUCAUGACAGCCACUUCGAAGGCUUUUUACGAUCACUUUAAAAAUAAAAAAAUGCCCAUUCCAAUUAACAUCGGAACAUUCUUGGUGUCUAUAACAGAUUUGGAUAAUAUGAAUAUAAAUGGAAUACCGCAAAUGAAAAACCGAUUCGGUAUUGUUUCACUCCCAUUACCCGUUGAUGUCAAAUCGGACUCUAUGGUAACCAGAUUAAACGCAGUAAAGGGAUUUACCAGAAAUCCAGAAAUAUCUGUGCAGUUUGCCAUCAUGUAUUUUCUUUAUACACACUUAUUGGGAUAUUUUCCACCCAGCAUACGAAUGAUUUUACUGCCAGUGAAAUGUUCAACUCUAGUAAUCAGCAAUCUUCCACCUAUUGAAAAAAUUAGUCUGUUCGGUGGCAUUGACUUAGAUGAUAUGUACUUCUUUACACUAAAUAGGGAUGAACUGGCCGUCGGUUUGGGCUUAUUUACUUACGGAAACAAGGUACAUCUAGGAGUAAAGGUAAACGAAGAAUUUAUACCGCUACAGGAAGAUUGCCAAAAGCUGUUGGAAAAUAUUACUAAAGCUGUUGAAAAAAUGAGGGUGGAAGUGACAAUGAAAAGAAUCUGA